AUGGCGAUGAUGAAAAUCAAAAGCUAUACUUUGAUUCUCUUCUCAUUAAUCUCUAUAUUUCUUCUGUCUGCAACUCUUUCUUUGUGUCAUCAUGAUCAUAAUUUAAGGCAAUGUAGAGAGCGUUGUGAACAGAAACAAAAAUACCAACAACAGCGUUGCCUUAGAGAUUGUCAAGAAAAGUAUGGAGGAAUAGGAUGGGAAUCAACAGAAGAAGAAACAGAAAGAAGUCAUGAACAUAACAAACGUCGGGAAGAAGAGCAACAACAACAGAAUAAUCCUUAUUUCUUCGAUGAAGAAAGUUUUAAGGAAUGGUUUAGAACACAAGAUGGGUAUUUCAGUGUUUCACAAAAGUUUUCCGAAAAAUCAAAGCUACUUCGAACGUUUGAUAAUUAUCGUUUAUCUUUCUUUGAAGCUAAUCCUCAUACUUUCCUAGUCCCUAGCCACAUUGAUGCCGAGUAUAUCUUUUAUGUUGUGAAAGGGAAAGGAACAAUAAGUUUGGUGAAUCAAGAAAGUAGAGAGACAUACAAUCUCGAACCUGGAGACGUAUUGAGGGUUCCAGCAGGGACCAUACUCAAUGUAAUAAAUAGGGACAACGAACAGAAGCUUCAGUUUGCUGAAAUUGCCCAAUCCAUCUCCAUUCCAGGCAAACCCAGGGUAAGCCUUCGAUCUUCAUUUCCAUGCUUAUCUUUUAUGGUUCUGAUAUCUGGUGAAAAAAAAUAUGGUAAUAGCUAG